AUGGGACUUAAGCACCUCCUGGCAAUGGGCCUGCCCAUCAUGCCCGCGGCCGCAGAGACCGUCCUCGGCAUCUACGUCUUCCACCGCCACGGCGACCGCACAGCCAAGAAGACGCCUCCCGUCCGCUUCACCGACCUCGGCGCCUACGAGGUCUACACCUCCGGCCUGGAAUACGGCCGGCUCUACGUCCGCGAAAACGCCACCCACCAGAUCCGCAACAUGAGCACCGACGACGUCCUCCCGGAGCAGCUCUCCGUCACCUCCCCCACCGACGUCGUCCUGCAGUCCUCGGCCAACGCCUUCCUCCAGGGCUUCUACCCGCCCUCCGGCACCGUCGAGGCCCUCGCCAACGGCUCCAGCGUCGAGGCGCCCCUCGGCGGAUACCAGUACAUCCCCGUCAACGCCGUCGCCACGGCCUCCACCAGCACAAACGCCGAGAGCAGCGAGUGGCUCCAGGGCGGCAGCGGCUGCGGCAAAGCCGUCGUCAGCUCCAACAACUACUUCUCCUCGCCCGAGUACGCCGCCGUCGACGCCGAGUCCCGCGACUUCUACCAGAGCCUGCUGCCCGUCAUCAACGGCACGUUCGGCGCAAAGGCCGCCACCUUUGAGAACGCCUACUCCAUCUUCGACCUCAUCAACGUCGCCAGGAUCCACAACGACAGCAUCCCCUCCGACUCCCUCCUCACCAACGCCACCAUCCGCUCGCUGACCGACUACGCCAACAUCCACGAGUGGAACCUCGCCUACAACGAGAGCGACCCCAUCCGCGCCGUCGCCGGCAAGGUGCUGGCCGGCCAGGUCCUCCAGGCCCUCAACGCAACGCUCAAGGACGCAGCAAAGUCCUCCUCCGUCAAGGCCAAUAUCCAGUUCGGCGCCUACGCCAGCUUCUCGUCCUUCUUCGGCCUCGCCCAGCUGCAAAAGGUCUCGGCCGACUUCCAGAGCGUCGUCGACUACGCUUCCUCCAUGGUCUUUGAGCUCGUCACCAACGCCACCUCCGCCAGCCCCGCCGCCGACGACGUCGCUGUCCGCUUCCGCUUCGCAAACGGCUCCGCCGGCAUCAACAACCUCACCGUCUACCCGCUCUUUGGACAGUCCGAGACCGUGCUUCCCUGGAACACUUUCGUCACCCAGAUGCGCCAGUUCGCUAUCGAGGAUACUAAGACCUGGUGCACAGCCUGCGGCAACUCCACCGGCACCUGCGCCACGGCCCUGGGUCUGGAUGGCAGCACCGACGCCAACGGAACCGGCUCAAGCGGUAGCAAGGGAGGCGUCUCGACUCCCGUGGCGGGCGUCAUCGGCGCGCUGGUGACGCUGGUCGUGAUCCUGGGCAUCCUCGGCCUCGUCAUGCUCAUCGGUGGCCUGCGUCUGGUCAAGAAGUCCAAGAUCGCAAAGGAUGUCCCUGCCGCUUCUACUGCGGAGCAGACAGGCGGUGCCAAGCACUAA